UUUGUACAGCACUCUUUUCAUUCUGAACGCCGCGGAAAAUUUAUAAAUUAUAAAUUUUAAUCUUAAAACCUGAACUAAAAUGGACCCAGUACGUACGGAUGAAGUCCCUAAUGAGCUGGGCGAUGACAUUUCGGAUAUUGAUCUUCAUGAUGUGCCGGCCCAACUGGAAAAUACAUUGAAGCCGACAUUCCAUGAGACCAAAAGUCUUUUCAACAUUAACAUUGACGAAGUUUUUGAAAACACCUCUGGCGAUGAGGACGUGGAGGUGUAUAAGGAGGACAUCAAACUCAAGCAGCAGGAGUGGAUUGACUUUAUGGUUAAGGCAACCAAAAAGGGCGAGGAAGCUCUAAAAGAUUACGAGGCUACCCUAGCGAACCGAGAGGAUCUAAACCCGAUCCGCGAGUUCAAGCCAAAUGCAGAGCAGCAGGCCUACUUGGACCAGGGUCCCGACUUUCAGAAUUUCAUCAGGGGCCACCUGGAAUUCCGUAAGAAUUUUAACGCGUUCCAGGUGAAACACGAGGAAAUGAAGGAGUUGCAAGCCCGCAUAAUGGAACGCUGCCAGCUGCGCCUAAACUUUCUUGCCUACAACGCCAUCAACCAAAACUUGGCCACUGCACGCAAGAAGCCAGCAAAGCGCGGUUGAUUUUCAAUAUAUUUUUAUGCUUAAUUAAAAGUUGAUGAAAAAAAAACAAACAAAAUAAACACUGGCUAACAAAAUGGCUUAGCUUCGAAAGUAUUAAUUCUAA